UGGGGAUGAAGGAAAUCGAACGGAAAGAGAGAAAACAUGUGACGGAGUGUCGAGGAUUUAUUUAUUUUUCAAUCAUUCGUACUUGUUAGGAUAGGGUUUCUUUCCAUUGACAUUGCUUCUGUAUCGGAACAUCAAUAGGACAUAAAAAAAGAGAGCCCAAAAGAACACGUCUCACAGCGCCAAAACGCAAAUACACGAGGGCGAUGAAGACGUAUCUUUUUUUUGUUGUCAAAGGCUGCUAUGGUAAAUAUUCGAGCGACGACCUGAGACUUACGCUCAACAGCCCCGUAUCCAUUGCCAUUCCAAUUUCCAAUUUCCAUGUUUCACCCUCCUCCAUGACCCCAAUGGGCAGGCACGGCGCGCAACAUGGACAUGUGAACCCAAAUGGCUACUUGCACCACAACAUGGCUCAGGGAACGGAGAGGACGGCACUGACCAUGAACGAACAACCCAACAUGGAGGGUUGCUGCUACUUGGUGUCGGACUUGGCUUCCCAUCCAAUGCUGAAAAAUGAGGAACGGUGGGUUGUACCUGAAAAUCUUGAUGAUCACUCAUGUUGGGGGAGUGCGGGGGAAGAUCUGUACACUCUAAAGUGUCCUUCGUGGGGCCAAUGGACGUGGUUUUUUUUUAAAAAAAAACAAUACCUAUCCUCCAUGGGUAGCCCUGUGUGACAACGUCAAUGGGAAAUGAACCCACCAUGGAAAGAAAAUCC